UAUCUGUUUACAUUGAGAUCAAAACUUUACUUUUAAUUAUGACUUUAUUUCUUUCUCAGAAGAGGGUUCUCACUCAGGCCUGUAGGGUCAUGGUAUCGCAUAGUUCGGCAUUUUUCUUGCAGCAAGUAGUAUCUUGGCAAAUAAAGUAGCAGCAUUUACUAUUUGACUAUGCUACACUGGUUUAAAAAUGAGUCUUACUGUGGCUAGUUGUCUUAACAUUGUCCUUCAGGCAGUGUUUACAAUACACGCUUUUCCCACCUGUGAAUUCUUGAAACUUCCACGCAAAAUAUGACAAAGUGAAAACUUGCACAAAUUUAGGAUUUUCUUAAAUAGAAAAUAGUAAACAUUAGACAAGUGCUAUGUCUGUGACGCUGUGAGGCUUCCUUCUGAUCCAACAAACCGGGCCGUUUUUUUCUUCCCAUUUUUAAAGUGCAGUUUAUGCAAACGAUGUUCUUUCUCUCAAAUUAUAUAAAUUUGCCUUUAAAAAAAAAGGAUUACCUCACUGACUUUUUACAUUUUGUACAAAAACCGAAAAUCCUAAAAAGGUAUGGUAAUCAUUCCACAUGCCCUCAAUAUAAAUGGAAAAUUCAUUUUCUCGGGACAGCUGCAGAUUUCCGUUAGACUGUAUUUGCGCUCUAACGCCCUCCUCUGGGAGUGAGCACGCACGGAGAUCACGUGAACUCGACACCACAGGAGCGGGCACAGGCAUCGUUCUAGUCCGAGUGACUUCACUGUUUCGUAUCACAAGCCACUGGGAUUACAAGCAUCCUACUUUACUGGAGUCGUCCCCUGCUGGAUAACGGGUCUGAUGUCUGUCCCAGAGAACCGUUAAAAUCUUGGCAUAUGAUAUCUCGCUUUCCGUUUCUAGUUGGAACCUCGCUCAGACUCAUGCAGCCCAUUUAUGUUCAGAGGAAGAACCGUAUUUAAUACACGGCUACAGGAGACAAGGAGAAAGCGAAUCUCGGUGCAUCUUCGUGGGAAUGGCGGACCGUGAUACGUUACCGCUGCCUCUGGAGAUACGAGCGCGGCUCGCCGAGCUAGAGCUAGAGCUAUCUGAAGGGGACAUCACGCAGAAGGGUUACGAGAAGAAAAGGGCAAAACUCAUUCGAGCCUACUUGCCCCAUGUACCAGUAGGGGCGGAAUCUCGAGCCCCUGUCACCCCUUCUUCAUCAUCAUCUUCCUCAUCUCGUUACCAACGGCGUCGCUCUACUGGCUCUCGGGAUGAACGAUAUCGUUCAGAUGUGCACUCUGAAGCAGUGCAGGCAGCGUUGGAGCGUCAGUGUGAGAGGAAGAUGGCUGUCCCCAUGCCCUCUAAACGACGAUCUCUCGUUGUCCAAACAUCCAUGGAGGCAUAUACACCCCCAGGUCACUACGGUGUGGACUCCUCAUCAAGCUCGGAGGCAGAGGGAUCCCUAGGGAGGGCCACAAGUGCCGGGGUGGAGGCCUGGAUCAGCAGAGCGAUACGUGGAUCAUCUUCAUCAACCACAUCAUCAUCAUCGUCACACAGUAAUGGAUCUGCCAACGCAGCACGUCUGGCAGAGAAUAGCGCACACAAUUACAACAUUGGCCCAGUUUCUCAUCUGUCCCUGAAGAGACGGGGCUUGCGUGAAAAGGGCAUGCCCUUGGAGAAUGGUAACAUGGGCCGGCACACAUAUGACUACCAAUCUGACCGUCCUUGGUCAUCACUGGAUUCAGAGGACAGUCACCCUGCCCCUCCUGACAUCACGAGCUACACCUCAGACCCACCCCCUGUUACUGUGGAGCACUUACAGGUUGCCAUGCCAACCAAACCUUCACCCAAAUAUGGUAAUGCUGAGCUCAUGGAGACAGGGGAUGGAGUGCCAGUGAGUAGUCGCGUAUCUGCUAAGAUCCAGCAGCUGGUAAACACACUCAAAAAGCCAAAGAGACGUCCACUGAGAGAGUUCUUUGUUGAUGACUUUGAGGAACUUUUGGAAGUACAACAGCCUGAUCCUUCUUUACCCCGCCCAGAAGGAGCAGAGUCAGCAAUAGCACAAGGGGAGGAGCUGUGCAGAUUCAAGAACUGCCCCGCCUCUGUGGAGGCGGCCCUUCAGCGCUGGGGAGCGAUUGCACCAAAAGCACCAUGUUUGACCAUCACACACGCCAAUACUAAACAACCAUACACACUCACAUACGGUAAGCUCUGGUCCAGGAGUAUGAAGGUGGCCUACUACAUUCUCCACAAACUUGGAACCAAGCAGGAACCCAUCAUCCAUCCAGGAGACAGGGUGGCAUUGGUGUACCCCAAUAAUGACCCUGCUGCAUUCGUGGUAGCAUUUUAUGGAUGUCUGUUAGCUGAAGUUGUACCAGUACCAAUCGAGGUGCCACUCACCAAAAAGGAUGCAGGGAGUCAGCAAAUUGGUUUCCUCUUGGGCAGCUGUGGAGUUGCUGUUGCACUUACCAGUGAUGCAUGUCACAAAGGUCUUCCCAAGAGCCUCAGUGGUGACAUUAUGCAGUUCAAAGGCUGGCCGAAGUUGUUGUGGGUGGUGACAGAUUCUAAGCAUUUAUCUAAAUCUCCCAGAGAGUGGUAUCCUUUAAUUAAAGAUGCCAACAAUGACACUGCAUAUAUUGAGUAUAAGACAUGUAAGGAUGGAAGUGUCCUGGGAGUGACAGUGACAAGGAUGUCCAUGCUGACACAUUGCCAAACACUCACCCACACCUGUGGAUAUAAGGAGGCUGAGACUCUGGUGAAUGUGUUGGACUUCAAGAAAGAUGUUGGGCUGUGGCAUGGCAUUCAUAUGAGUGUACUUAAUAUGCUCCAUGUGGUUAGCGUUCCAUAUGCCCUAAUGAAGGUGAAUCCAUUGUCCUGGAUUCAGAAAGUUUGUCAGUACAAAGCUAAAGUGGCAUGUGUAAAGAGUAGGGAUCUACACUGGGCUCUGGUGGCACACAGAGACCAAAGUGACCUCAACCUGAGCUCCCUACGUAUGCUGCUGGUUGCUGAUGGUGCCAACCCAUGGUCAAUAUCAUCAUGUGAUGCAUUCCUGAACGUAUUUCAGAGUAUGGGCUUGAGGUCAGAGGUCAUCUGUCCAUGUGCCAGCUCACCAGAGGCCCUAACUGUAGCUGUGCGGAGGCCAAUCGAGGGCAGCUCAAAGGUGGCAGGCAGAGGCCUCCUUGGCAUGACUGGUCUAAGUCACGGUGUCAUCAGAGUGGACACUGGAGAGAAGCUCUCUGUGCUCACCCUGCAGGACUCUGGCUCGCCCAUGCCUGGAGCAUUAGUGUGCGUGGUGAAGCUGGAAUCCGUUCCUCUGUUGUGUAAAACCGACGAGAUCGGAGAAAUCUGUGUAUCAUCCAUUGCCACAGGAACAUCCUAUUAUGGUUUGACAGGCAUGACCAAGAACACAUUUGAGGUGUGUCCCAUGUCCGACAGCGGCGCAUCUGCAAGUGAGUGUGUGUUUGUGCGCUCAGGGCUGUUAGGAUUUGUAGGCCCAGGUGGAGCCAUCUUUGUGACGGGAAAGAUGGAUGGAUUAAUACAGGUUGGAGGACGGAGACAUAACGCUGAUGACAUUGUUGCUACUGCACUUGCUGUCGAACCAAUGAAGUUUGUGUACAGAGGAAGGAUAGCGGUGUUCUCCAUUACGGUACUUCAUGAUGAGAGGGUAGUAGUGGUGGCAGAGCAAAGGCCAGAUUCUAAAGAAGAAGAGAGCUUUCAGUGGAUGAGUAGAGUACUACAGGCUAUAGAUGGUAUCCAUCAGGUUGGUGUGUAUUGCCUAGCACUGGUUCCUUCCAACACUCUGCCAAAAACUCCUCUUGGAGGGAUCCACCUCUCUGAGACAAAGCAGCUCUUCCAGGAGGGGGCACUCCAUCCCUGCAAUGUGCUCAUGUGCCCUCAUUCAUGCGUCACCAAUCUCCCAAAACCUAGACAGAAACAACCUGAGGUUGGCCCCGCCUCUGUAAUGGUGGGGAAUCUGGUGGCAGGGAAGCGGAUGGCACAGGCGAGUGGACGAGACCUGAGUCAGGAAGACAACGACCAGUUCCUCUUCUUGUCAGAAGUGUUGCAGUGGAGAGCUCAAACCACCCCUGACCACAUACUCUACACAUUAAUUAACUCAAGGGGGGUGGUAGGGAGUUCUCUAACAUGUUUGCAGCUCCAUAAAAGAGCAGAGAAGAUCUCCGCCAUGCUGUUUGAGCGAGCACAACUACAGAAUGGAGAUCAUGUCGCGUUAGUGUAUCCACCAGGUUUGGAUCUGAUCGCUGCAUUUUAUGGCUGUUUGUAUGCUGGCUGCAUCCCCAUCACAGUGAGGCCACCUCAUCCCCAAAACAUUUCAACUACUCUGCCAACUGUAAAAAUGAUUGUAGAAGUGAGUCGUUCGGUGUGUGUUAUGACGACCCAGGGGAUAUGUAAGCUCCUGAGGUCCAAAGAGGCAUCCACAGCUGUGGACCUGCGAUCAUGGCCUCCUGUUCUUGACACCGAUGAUUUGCCAAAGAGACGCUCUCCACUGCUAUUCAAGCCAUGCGAUCCAGAAUCUCUGGCCUACCUGGACUUUAGUGUGUCCACCACAGGCAUGCUAGCUGGAGUGAAGAUGUCUCAAAGUGCUACCAGUGCACUGUGUCGUUCUAUAAAGUUGCAGUGUGAGCUUUAUCCGUCCCGUGAGGUGGCUGUGUGUCUGGACCCAUAUUGUGGACUGGGCUUUGUAGUCUGGUGCCUUUGCAGUGUGUAUGCAGGGCACCAGUCAGUACUGAUACCCCCGGCUGAACUGGAGGUGAACCCAGCCCUGUGGCUAGUGUCUGUUAGCCAGCUCAGAGUGAGAGACACGUUCUGUUCCUACUCCGUCCUGGAACUCUGCACCAAAACACUUGGCAGUGUCACUGACUCACUCAAGGCUCGGGGGCUGGAUCUGUCACGUGUGCGAACGUGCGUGGUGGUGGCAGAGGAGAGGCCACGCAUCGCUCUCACUCAGUCAUUCUCCAAACUGUUUAAGGAUGUGGGACUGCAUCCCCGCGCUGUCAGCACAGCCUUCGGCUGCAGGGUUAACCUCGCUGUGUGUCUGCAGGGGACCUCAGGACCAGAUCCCACUACAGUAUAUGUGGACAUGAGGGCACUGAGACAUGAUAGAGUACGGUUAGUUGAAAGAGGGUCUCCGCAUAGUCUGCCUCUCAUGGAGUCAGGCAAGAUCUUACCAGGUGUCCGCAUCAUCAUUGCAAAUCCUGAGACAAAGGGACCAAUUGGAGAUUCACAUCUAGGAGAGAUCUGGGUGCACAGCAGCCAGAAUGCAAGCGGGUAUUUCUCAGUAUUUGGGGAGGAGAACGUCCACUCGGAUCAUUUCAAUGCCAGGCUCAGUUUCGGGGACACACAGACAGUCUGGGCCAGAACUGGAUACCUUGGUUUUCUCCGUAGGACAGAACUCACAGAUGCCAGUGGAGAGAGACAUGAUGCACUGUAUGUGGUGGGAGCACUGGAUGAGGCUAUGGAGCUGAGAGGCAUGCGAUACCAUCCCAUUGACAUCGAGACCUCCAUUAUCAGAACCCACAAGAGCAUUACGGAAUGUGCUGUGUUCACCUGGACUAAACUCUUGGUAGUGGUGGUUGAGCUGGAUGGUUCAGAGCAGGAGGCCUUGGAUCUGGUUCCCAUGGUAACCAACGUAGUCCUGGAGGAGCACUACCUGAUUGUGGGUGUGGUGGUGGUCGUGGACACGGGUGUGAUUCCCAUCAACUCACGUGGAGAGAAGCAGCGCAUGCACCUGAGAGAUGGCUUCCUUGCCGACCAGCUUGACCCCAUAUACGUGGCUUACAACAUGUAGAAAAAUACAUGCACAUUUGACCCAUACACAAGGCUUAGACAAUGUAGAAAUACUUAUGCACUCCAUCUGUGUGUAGAAAUCCAUUCACACAAACAUGCACUUUUGCAAACACACACUCAAUAUUGCUAAAUAUUACCGUAUAUGAAAACACACACACACCUUCACAUUUGCAAGUAGCAGCACUAACUGGUAGAAUGACACUUCUCAAUUAAAACAUUGCAAACUGAAGAACUGUAUUGUGUCUCACACACACACACACACACACACACACACACGAACAAACAAAACACACUGGUAAGGAGUAUAUAUGUUGAUCACAGUGCUCCUCAAUCUCCUGCAGUAAAAGUCAAACUGGACUCAUUUUGUCCUUUUGUGCAUUUAUCAUUCUAGAAAAAAAGAAAUGCAUUUAAUGUACACAACAUUUCUGUUUACCACAUAUAAAAAAUAAAAUAACGUUACAUACAAGGAAUCAUGUACAAUGUGAAAACAACCCAGAAUUGUGUUUUAACUUGAUGUCAGUCAUUAGCCAAACCAGUGUGCUAAAAAGACUCAUGCUCAUUGUUUUGUUAGAAGUUUGCAACCCUGUGAUCAAGAAGUGUGGGUACUCUGUUACAAUAGACUUACAGAGCAGAUAUAUUGUGUGAGGACACGAACACAAGCAUGCAAACACAUCCAUACAUGGGCCAUGUGUGUGUAUAUAAAGGACUCACACGCUACCAUAUCUUAAACUAUUUGUUUUUUGUACGUUUUGUUAACGUGUAUUCUAUUGUUCACUGUUUUGCUAGCAUUACUUAUUUUUUUAGGCUACAAUAUGUUCAAGUCAGGGAAUUUUAUAAGAUGUUAAGAUAUAAGCAGUUUGACACAGUAAAUAUCAUUUAACAUUUUUCUCUUUAAUAUGUGGUAUUACAAAAGUAGCUGUUUUAUACAAUGACAUAUUCAAACAUUUUAGUUAUUUUCUUUAAUGCUUUUGAAAUGUGAUUGUGCAGGAGUUAAUCCAUGAUCCAACCUUUCAUUUUCCUUAACAGCAUAAAAUUGCAAUCUUACCACAAACACAGUGGUGUCCAUUUAAUUUUGUUUUAAUUUAAUUUCUCAUUUUGUUUCUAAUAUAGUUGUUAUCUCUGUCUAAUAUACGGAUUUUUUAUUAUAUUGUGUGAAUAGUAUAAGGAGCAGAUCUAUAGGUAUGUAUAAGAUACAGCUUGUGUUCAUUAAGAUCACAUAAAGCUUCCUCAUAGUUACUGCAGCUGGGACAGAAAACAAAAGACUGCAGAGAGGAGGAUUAAUGAUGACCAGGCAAAAUGAUAGAAAAAGGAUUGCUGAAGGAGUGAUUAACCCACUCUGAGAGGUGCCAUGUCCAGUGUGUGAAUAUCCUGUUUAUUUUUUAUUUUUGCUUUUAAUCUUUCCUGCAGGGUUUUGAGUACUUUUCAAGGUGUCCUGUCACUAUGGAAACAACAAAAUUUUAAAAUGUUAAUAAAAUAUUUUCAAUAAUUUUUGCCAUUAAAACCAAACAACCUGUUGAAA